AUGCUGAGCGUGCUGCGUGUACACCUCCCGUCGGAUAUCCCCAUUGUAGGCUGUGAGCUAACGCCGUACGUCCUAUUACGGCGACCAGACAAGACUCUUUACCCCGAAGAUGUUCCCGAGUCGUCUCCCCUCGAUGGUCAUUUCUUGAGAUACAAGUGGUACCGGAUACAAAGUGAUAAAAAGGUAACUGUUUGCAGUAUACAUCCAUCAGAACAAGCCACACUGCAGUGUCUAGGCUGUGUCAAGGCAAAAAUACCAGUUGCCAAAAGUUAUCAUUGUUCUCCCAAAUGCUUCUCAGAUGCCUGGCAGCAUCAUCGAGUUCUUCAUGACCGUGCAGCAAGUGCUGUAAAUGAGAAUGGAAAUGAGGAAGAAGAGUUAUUUGGACGUUUCAAUAGCACAGGAUCUGGAGUCAUUAAUUCAACUUUACCCACUUCUGCAUCAAGUGCUAGCUUGACAAAUGGAUCAACACCUUUAUAUCCUGCCACAGUGACACAAAGGAAUGGUGGUGAAACUUGGUUUGAAGUGGGGCGAUCAAAAACGUAUACACCAUCAGCUGAUGAUAUUGGACACGUCCUUAAGUUUGAGUGUGUAGUGGUCGAUGCUGAAACUAAACAAACUGUGGGACAUCCAAGUACUCUAUUGACUUCCCGUGUUAUUCCAGCCCCCUCACCUCCACCACGUCGGUUGAUCCCCGUUAAUGGGGCGGAUGUAAUUGGCCAUUUAGAUGCUGAUGGUCGUAUCUCAUCAUCUGGAACUUUCACUGUACUCUCAUACAAUAUUUUGGCUGAUGCCUACGCCACUAGCGAAUCCUAUGCUUAUUGCCCAUCAUGGGCCCUGUCGUGGGCUUAUCGCCGUCAGAAUUUGCUUCGGGAAAUUGUUGGAUAUCGAGCAGAUAUUGUUUGUCUCCAGGAGGUUCAAAAUGAUCAUUUUGAGGAGUUCUUUGCGCCAGAGCUGGAUAAACAUGGUUACCAAGCCUUGUACAAGAGGAAGACGAAUGAGGUCUACACAGGAAACCCUAAUACUAUAGAUGGUUGUGCAACUUUCUUUCGAAGAGAUAGAUUCUCGCAUGUUAAAAAAUAUGAGGUUGAGUUCAACAAGGCUGCUCAGUCCUUGACUGAAGCUUUGGUUCCAAGUGCCCAGAGGAAGACUGCUUUGAAUCGAUUGGUUAAGGAUAAUGUUGCUCUAAUUGUGGUACUGGAGGCAAAGUUCAGCAACCAGGGGGCUGAUACUCCAGGCAAGCGGCAGCUUCUAUGCGUUGCAAAUACCCAUGUAAAUGUCCACCAAGAUCUAAAGGAUGUUAAGCUUUGGCAGGUUCUUACUCUUCUCAAGGGAUUAGAGAAGAUAGCUGCAAGUGCUGACAUUCCUAUGCUAGUAUGUGGAGAUUUCAAUUCACUACCAGGAAGUGCUCCUCAUGCUCUUCUUGCCGGAGGAAAGGUGGAACCGACACAUCCUGAUAUAGUCGUGGACCCGCUUGGUAUUUUACGUCCUCACAGCAAGCUGGCACAUCAGCUACUACUGGUUAGUGCUUACUCAUCUUUUGUGAGGGGAGUUGGUCUUGGUGUGGAUCAUCAGAGGAGGAAGAUGGACCCUCUAAUCAACGAGCCAUUAUUUACAAAUUGCACUAGGGAUUUUAUUGGUACUCUUGAUUACAUAUUUUACACGGCUGACUCUUUGACUGUGGAGUCCUUGUUGGAACUCCUGGAUGAAGAAAGUUUGAGAAAAGAUACAGCACUUCCUUCUCCAGAGUGGUCCUCUGAUCAUAUUGCACUCCUAGCUGAAUUUCGUUGCAAGCCUAGACAAAGACGUUGA